AUGCUCAGACAGUCUCUGAGCAUCCUGAAGCAGCUCAGCUCUGCAGUGAGGUCACAAGAUGCCACUGAACUCCUGGACGAGGACCUGGUUCUGGUGGAGCAGCGAGUGGAACCAGCCAGGAAGGCGGCUCAGGUCAUCCACAAGAAGCUGCAGGGCUGCAUGCACAGUCAGCCCGGGCUGGAGGCGGAGAAACGCAUGAAAAAACUUCCUCUGAUGUUGCUCUCGAUUAGCAUGGCCGAAAGUCUUAAAGAUUUCGAUGCGCAGUCCUCGAUAAGGAGGGUUUUGGAGAUGUGCUGCUUCAUGGAGAAGAUGUUGGCCAGCAUGUUGGCGGCCUUUGAGAUGAACGUGGAGAAAGAAGUUCUGGAGCCACUCAACAAACUCAGCGAGGAUGAAUUACCGGAGAUUCUGAAAAACAAGAAGCAGUUUGCCAAACUGACGACCGACUGGAACACUGCACGAACCAGGAGUCAGACCAGCAGCGGGCCCCAGGCAAAGCAGGAUGGGCUCCGGGAGGACGUGGAAGAAGCCUGGAGGCGGUUAGAGAGCAUCAAGGACCAGUAUUCUGCAGAUCUGUACCACUUUGCCACUAAAGAAGACGAUUACGCAAACUACUUCAUCCGUUUACUUGAGCUUCAGGCAGAAUAUCACAAAAAAUCACACGAAUUUUUGGACAAAAACAUCAGCGAGCUCAAAGAGAAUCAGAGUGAAAAAGGGCCGUCGCUGUCUAACCACAAGGUGUAUGGCGAGCCGCUGCUCGCUCAUCUGUCACUAAGCGACAGAGAAAUUGCUGCGCCCAUCCAGGAAUGUAUCCACAUGCUGCUGGCGACCGGCUUGAGGGAGGAGGGUUUGUUCCGUCUGGCGGCGGCAGCCUCGGUGGUGAAGAGACUGAAGACUUGUCUGGACCAUGGAACGGUGGACCACAGUGAGUUCAGCAUGGACCCGCACGCUGUGGCCGGUGCGUUGAAGUGUUACCUGCGAGAGCUUCCUGAACCUCUAAUGACCUUUGACCUCUACGAUGACUGGGUUAAAGCAGCAGGGGAGAAAGACGUUUCAGACAAACUGGAUCAGUUCAGAGUCCUGCUCAAGAAAAUGCCACCUGAAAACUACAACAACCUCAGGUACCUUGUGCAGUUCCUGUCUCUUCUGACGGAGCAGCAGGCUGUGAACAAAAUGACGGCCACCAACAUCGCCAUCGUUCUGGGGCCGAACCUGCUGUGGCCCCGAGCUGAAGGAGAAGCUGCUAUGUUUGACAUGGCAUCAGCGUCUUCAGUCCAGGUGGUGACCGUGAUCGAGCCUCUGAUUCAGUACUGCUCCAGUCUCUUCCCUGAAGCUAUUCCGUUUGAGAUCCCAGACUUCCAACAGAGUCCGGAUUUGACCCUCCCUGCUCCAGGAGCCCAGGCUGAGGUCUCUGAGGAGAAACUCUGCAGGACAGCGUCCUCCUCCUCCUCCACAGCCUCCUCCAGCUCCUUCCACCUCCCUCUCUCCAAGACAAACAGCACCGCCUCUCAGGACAGCGGAUUUUCUUCUUUGGUGAAAUCGGGCUCCGUGAGCAGCAGCGGCACCACCACGUGGGGCAGCACUACGUUUGAUACAGUCACACCAACUCAGCCAAACGCAACAUCCGUCAGCACAGCCUCCCCCGAUCCGAGGACCGCUCCGACCCCCAACGCUCCUGCUGCCUGCAGCUCGGGAAUAACCCACGGCUCAGCUCCGCCUCCUACAACAUCAGCCCUAAACCCGAUCCAACUCAGGAGCCCAACCCAGAAGCAGAGCUCAGAUCAGAUCCAGCUGGCACCAAUUUUGGAGUCACCACCAGAAUCUCCCCCAGCAUUUGUAAAGAUCAACUCACCGUACAAACCAAAACAGGCGAUCAACCUCACCAAAUCUAAGGACCAGGUGACCGUCCAGUACACCAAACCCAGAGCACCAGCACCUCCCAAACCCGUGGGCCCCGCUCCCCCCUCCGGCACGGGCCAGUCUGCAGACGUGAGGAAGCCACCCACACCUGCACCCAGAGCUCAGUCAGUCAAAAGGCCUCCAGUGAAAAAGUCUGGACUCAAAGCUCCGAACUGUCCCCCGCCGCCGCGUCCUCCACCGUCACAGGUGACACAGCUCCCCUCCACGGCACAGUGAUUUGAAAAAACAAAGAGAUCAUAUUGUAAAUGUUCUCCAGCUGAUUAUUAUUCUGUUACUCUUUUUUCCUCCUCCAUCAUGUAUUUAUUCUUCAGUUAAUGGUGUUUAACGAAAUACAGUUUGUAAAAUAACCAAACAAUAAAUGAAGCCAGAUGUGGAAAAAACAACA